GGGAGCUCAGUCAGAUGGAGACUCCGGAAAGUCGCUCAUUUCCUCGACAAAACCCAGCCGGUGUCUGUCAACAUGAGCACGAGAGAUGCUGAGGAUACACACGCACUUAUUUCACCAAAAGACCCCACAGACACCUGUCAACUCGUUUGAUUCAUCAGCUUGAUUGGUGGUCGUCGUGGCUCGUGAGCGGCUUCACGAGAGGCGCGUGAAGCCGACUCAACUCCAGUGAGGCCCUGCUGAAGACAAGGCAGCUAGCUGAAGACAAAUGAUGACUUGCAGUUUGAAAAACUAUGACGGAUGGACACAUCAGGACACACACACUCCUAUGGGUGCUGCUUUGACAGAAAAAUAGUUUCCUGCGUCCUUUUUCUACAUGCCUCCAGUAUGUCACUAUCAGACUACAAAUAUAGGAACAUAACACAAACGGACUAUAAUCACAUUCACACCUUGCUCAUUGGUGAGAACUAUGGGAAAAGACCUGUCAGAACUUUUUUUGACUUUCGGCACACUAACCCGCCUGAAAAUCUCGAUACAAAGUGGUCUCCUCUGGUGUUGCUGACUAACCUGCGGAGCAUCUCAAAAGUCAAAGUGGUGAGCUUCCUGAUGGGCCUGACGCUGAUGUUCCUCAUCAUGGCUUCCUACACCCUGACAUGGGACAAGAAAGGACUUCUGUUGACCCCCUCACCCGACCAGAUCAGACCUGUGUUCGUUCCGACAUGCACGGCAGUCGCUGACGUUUCCUCUGAAAACACCUCAAAGGACAUAAAACUGCUGGUGAAGAGCAUCCGCUCCAAACUGGAAUACACACCCAGGAAGGUGCCGGAUGAAAAGGAUGUCAUUGAAAGAGACUCCCAUCUGUUCUCUGUGAUUCCUCGCCAUUUCCUUCCCAACAUGAAAAGCCCUUGCUGGUACGAGGAGUUUUCGGGUGAACUCAGCUCUGAUCCAUACAGGAGGAACCUCUUCACCCUGCGCUCAAAGAGCUUCAAAACCAUCUGCGACCACCUGAGGACAAACUUUCAACAGCACUUACACCACAGAGACGGCAAACUGUUUCGUCUACGUUGCCUGCCGUUCUUUUACAUCAUCGGCCAACCAAAGUGCGGAACGACCGACUUGUUCCACAGGCUGCUGCUGCAUCCAGAGGUCAAGUUCAACACCAUGAAGGAGCCUCACUGGUGGACCAGGAAACGCUUUGGUUAUAUACGUUUCAAAGAUGGCUUCCAGGAAAAUUUUCCUGUGGAAGAUUACCUGGAUCUGUUUGACUUGGCAGCCCACAAACUCCAAGAAGUAAUCAGUGGAAAUUCAUCUGGAGACCACCGAGCACUCCAGCUCAUAACAGGUGAAGCCAGUGCAUCGACUAUGUGGGACAACCAAGCGUGGAGCUAUCUUGACGGAGAGAAGGAGGUGGCAGAGCCUCCGUUCUUGGUCCAGGAUUUCAUCCACACAGUUCAGCCUGGUGCCAAAAUCAUCAUCAUGCUGAGAGAUCCAGUAGAGAGGCUCUAUUCUGACUACCUGUACUUUAAGAUGGCCAACAAAUCAGCAGAAGACUUCCAUCAGAAGGUCAUCGACUCUGUUCACUUAUUUCAGUCCUGUUUGUCUGAGGGGACGCUUCGGUCCUGCGUCUACAACACCAGCCUGUCCAACGCAAUGCCGGUAAGGCUAAACUUGGGGAUGUACAUCAUCUUCUUACUGGACUGGCUGACAGUUUUCCAAAGGGAGCAGAUUCUUGUUCUCCGACUUGAGGACUACGCAGCUAACCUGAAAGUGACAAUAAAGCAAGUCUUUGAUUUUCUCAGUUUAGGUCCUCUGUCGGAGCAGCUGGAGGCAGCACUGACCAAACGGCUGUCUAACACCCGGCGGGCGGCCGACAGAAACCUGGGCCCGAUGCGUCCAGCAACCAGAGACCUCCUCAGGGAAUUUCACCAGCCUUUAAACCAGAAACUGGCCAGUGUGCUGGACAACAAGGCCUUUCUCUGGAGCAGCUCCUGAUGGGACAUGAGCAUGGACACAAUGUGGAUGAACAACCAGAGCAGGAAGCUAAAGCAGGAAUGCCUACUGAUAUCAUUCAUUUACAGUGGGAGAACUUAUUUCCAGAUGUAUAUUAACUGUGGAAUUAUAUGAAUCUGAGGACAUUUUUGGUUUUGACUGUGAUAUUUAUUUGCUUUUACAGUGAUGUGGAAGAAUGAUCAAGUUGAGAUGAUAUUAAAAUAUACUGAGUUUGUGUUUCUGAUGCUU